AUGGAGUCUGGAAAGAUCUUUGGAUCCGAUGAUGAUUCUCGCAGCUGUGAAUCUGGAUGGACAAUGUAUCUAGCAUCACCCUCUCAUGAUCAUGACGAUGACUGCUACUAUGAUGAUGAUGACGAAGAAGAAGAUAGCGAUGGCGGUGAUUCAAUGGACUCUGAUGCAUCUUCUGGUCCCAUGGAGGCCACAUCAUGUCUCAAACUCCCUCAAGAGAUUGAGGAGCAAAACUCUUUAAAGAAGAAGAAGAAGAAGGCUAAUGAAGAAAUGGUUUUGGUGGAGACUAGGGUUCACAACAACAAUCAAGAUGAUGAGGAUGAUGGUAACGGUGAUAAUCAUGGCUAUGAUGAUGGUAAUGAUAGCUACAGCGCUGUUCAUAGUUACGUUGGCUCGGUUAGACAGUUCGUAUGA